UUUUGACGAAUAUUUUCCUUCUUUGCGCACAACAAGGAUCUUCGUCGGGAUUACAGAGGAAAGGAAAAUAAACCACAUUUUCAACUUGUCACUGUUUGCUAUAUAGAAAUAAAAUAUUACGACAAAGGAUUCCUCAUUCGCUGCCACAAGGAUUUAUAAUCCAGCAUAGCAUAUAACUUUGAAAGUUAAUCAUAUUUUUUGAAUAAGUUAUCGGAAUAACUUCCCCAGUGGCCGUGGGCGAUUGUACGACACGCAUUGUAUGGAGAAUGGUGGUGAUUACAUCAAACUGUGAUGCAACGUCGGGCAAGUGAUUAUGGCGAUGAACAUUACGUCCUCAUGGCCGUACCUACUCCCUCUAGCCAUCUUUGUAAUGACCUGCUGGGCCAUAGUGAUCCCGGGACUAGUCGCUCCUUUGCAGAUUCAUCUUCAGAGGAGAGCUGUUCCAGAGAGCACCACAGACUCGCAUUUAAACGUUCGAGACAAAAACCGCGAUGCCCAACCCCAAAAGCCCAGGUUAGGUAGCACAGAACGUACGAGAAUGGCCACGACAGUCAGUGAUAACUUUUUGUCGAACCAAAACGACAGAACUUCAGGGAAAACCAGUAGAAAAUUAAAUAGUCAAAUCGAAAGGACGAGCACCGUGAAAAAUUUAGUUUUAUCUAAACCUGUGAAUGACAAAGAGACGAACCGCGAAGCCAUUGUGACGCAAUCGUACGCGGAAGGGUUCGUGGGAUGGGAUGACGGGAUAAGAACAGACGUGACGUCACAAUCAGAUCUUUCUAUUGAUAUGGAUGAAUAUUAUACAUAUGAUUACGAUGAUUAUCCUAUGGAUGAUGACGAGGAGGAGGAGGAGGAGGAGGAAGACAUAGAUUUAGUUAUGGAGAUGCGGAGCAAGAAAGACGCAAAUACCAUGAGGACAGAAGAGUUGAGAUCUCUCCAAAGAUUAGCUGAGCUUGCGACCCUCUCAAAUCCAGACUUGGGAUUUGUUAAUCUUAUCACGCCUAAUCCGGACCUCGAUAUCACCAUUGAGGUGGUGACUGAUGACGACGAUGACGAAGCGGCGGCUGAGAUCGAUAACCGGUUGCCGGGUGACGAUCGCCCAUCGAGACCACGGCCACCUCCUCCUUCGCCCCAGUCUGAGCAUCGAGGGAGGGACUCAGGGAGAAGGAAGGGCAAGGGGCGAAAAAAUCACCAAAAUCGGAACAAUAACCGUGGAAAUCAGAAGCCGUCACGUCCAUCGGAAAAUACCAAUAGCAAUACCUCAAGUUCCUUUGAUAUGACGCUCUUUCACCUUAUCAGACACACCGGAUAUCUGGACGGCGAAAAUGAUGAGUCUUCAGCAGCUGGGUUCGGUGGGUGGAGCUCGUGGUCAUCGUGCUCCUCACCAUGCGGCGGAGGAAAACGAGAACGAACUCGACCUUGUGGGUUGCAGUGCCGUACUACAGAAAGACAGGAGUGCAAUAAACACAUAUGCUCUGGGUCCUCCCUGACGUCAGAAUCAGAGAACGAUUUCGACGCUAGCGAACUUCCCAGUGCAACAAGGUCCAAUCAGGGAUUCGUCAUCAACCAGGGUUUCACCAUCGAUGUCGUUGACGAGAUCGCCGACACCAUCGACAGUUCUGACUUCGAUAGCUGCGAAGAAUGGAUGCAGUGUCGCAGUGAGAAGCUGGUGUCCUACCUGUCCCGUCUGGAUGACCUUCCGAGUUGUCCCUGCCACUUCCCGACCAACAACGCCAUCGUGGAUCCUCAGCAAGGCCGGGAGUUCCAUUGGAUUCAACAAGACCCUGAGGCAGCCCGACUGGAUAUCUACAAGCCGACCGCCAGUAGCUGUAUCCAAUCGGUACGUUCCUACCGCAGUACGUCGCUAGCCUCACAGCAGUGCUGCUACGACGCCAAUCAGAGGUUGAUCACCAGAGGCCAAGGGGCUGGUACGCCUCAGCUCAUCACGGCACAGAUCUCCCGGGAGCUGCAUUACAAGAUCGACAUCUUGCCCUGGAUCAUAUGCAAAGGAGACUGGACCAAGUACAAUCGGAUCAGGCAGCCUAAUAACGGCAGAGAAUGCGAAGAGAUUCCAGAUUUGCAAACAUUUCUUUCUCAGGUUGAAGAAGCGCGGGACUUCUGAACAAGGAAGUUAUUUUGUCCUCAAUACAUUCUCUUUGGGAGAGAAA